GUACAUUUCCUAUGCAUUUCAUUUUCCCGUUUCAAGCAAUUUUCAGUUCCGUCUACAAAGGGGUUUGAAUUUCACUUGAUUUUUCAACGAAAUAAUGGCCUCUCUACCCGUUGAUGACUGUGACGGUAUUAUCCACGAUGUGGACCAUUCCUCCGACGAGGUGGAUUUCGGAACUGCCGUCAUUCAUUUGAGCAGGGACGCUGACAUACCGCCAAAGUAUUUCUUACACAAGAUAUUUUCCCCGAUGAUGGACGACAUGAGCUCGUAUCAACGCUGCUCCGAAAGACCGCCGAAAUUAAAACUGUUACAUAAAGACUGGGGCCAUAAUGUCUCAAAGAUUCUUGAAGGACCAGGGGUGUUAGCACUAGUGGCAUUGGAAAAGCUCCCUCUAGACGAACAUCACGCGAUGCGAGUCUACCAAUAUAUCACAGAUCGUUUAAAACAUAGGAAAUGUGAAAUCCUUAGGUGGGAUAUCACACACCUCCUUUUAUAUUUUCACAUUGCUGCUGAUUAUGAAAACUUAGGUCAGUUGUUUCUUGAUGGCAAGCUCGACGACUGCGAAGGAUUUAAAGUUAUUCGAAUAGAACCUUGUGUCCUAACCAAUCCACCAAGAUGCAUGGUAGAGAUUGAGAUGCCAAUUAACACUGGUGAUCUUUUACGAACCAGCAUGAUUCCCAUUAUCACACCAUUUUCCUCCGCUCUUACGCACGUUACAAUACGCGAGACGGGAUGUGACAAUAAUUCUGAUCACUCAGAGGAUGGGAUGCCACCGUCAAAACAUCGAAAGGUUGAUAGAAGUGUACCGUCCGUGGGUGUGACCAUGAUGUUCACUGGGCAAAUGCAAAGACGUGCUGUGAAGUCGGCAAAAUGUUUAGCGUCUGCACCCUGGGAAAUGUAUAGUCUCCCAGAAGCCGUUACGAAAGUGGUGGACUAUGAUACGCAGUACUUCCAUAAUGUGGAACAAGACAUGCCGAUGUGGGCGGUUAAAACGGGCUGCCCAAUGUCUGGGAUCAGAAUGUCCCUCUUUGUCAGGGAACGUUCUAACUUUGAUACUAUGGACCAGUUUUAUAGAAAUAUCACAGGCCUGACGCCAUUUGAAAGGGAUCUCAACAACAGCGAUGUACGAUACGCUACUUUUACACUGUCACCGAAAGCAGAAUUUACUCUUGUGCACUACCCCGGCGUGAAUGCCCGGUCGCUUGAGAACGUCUCGCUCUACUUCCGCGUAAAUAGUCCAUCAAAAGCGAUCGGUGCUGAAAAAGUUUCGGACGAUCACUGGCAAUUGAAGGACUUUGAAGGAAACAGAGUUGUCCUAUUUCUACCGACAGUUUGAAAUUAAUUUUCAGUUUUUAGAUUGAAAUGUCACUUUUAUUUUAUAGGGUAUUACAACUGCACAGUAGGACUUGACUUUUAGCAGUUCAGUGAAUUAGGAUAAAGAAUGUUAACAUAAAACAUAAUGCACAA